UGGCACGAGGCGUACGCGUCACGGUUAUUGCACUCUCUAACGGACGUACAUCUGCAGUUUCGGAUAGUGUAGCAGGUACUUGGUUGGUAAACGUGAAACGAUCCCGUAAUCGCGCAAAAUGUCGACCUCGAUGGCCGUGGAUGCCCCAAAGCCUCCCAAACUGAAUUUGGACGAGUUUAUCUCAACAGCUUUAUCGUCUACGCCUACAGAACUACACCCUUUCCUCGAUUCUUUCCAAACUCUAUACAACCGAAAACUAUGGCAUCAGUUGACCCUGAAACUGUUCGAGUUCUUUGACCAUCCUCUCUCGAAACCAUUCCGUGUAGAUGUCUUCGAGAGAUUCGUGCGUGAUUUUGAGUCCAGAGUAAACCAGCUGAGAUUGGUCGAUAUGGGUGUUAAAGUAGCAAAAGAAAUAGACAAUCCGCAAACACACCUCACAUUCCUCACUUCCUUGCUAUCACGUAUUGACGCCGAAAAGUCAGAAGAAGCCUAUGUGCUUCUGCUGGCCACUAUCGCGCAUGCGAAGCUCCUGUAUGGCGACCUAGAAGGCACGAAGACUGACAUGGACACUGCGUGGAAAACACUGGAUUCGUUGUCAGGAGUAGAUAGCUCUGUCAAUGCUGCUUACUAUGGGGUCGCCGCUGACUACUACAAGGCCAAGGCAGAGUAUGCACCGUACUACAGAAAUUCAUUACUGUACCUGGCUUGUGUCGACCCUGCAACAGACAUGUCGCCGGAAGAACGCGUGCUGCGCGCGCACGACCUUGGAAUUUCGGCAUUUCUCGGAGACACUAUCUAUAACUUUGGUGAACUGUUGAUGCAUCCGAUACUGGAUGCACUGGACAACACGCAGCAUGAUUGGAUCAAGAAGUUGCUUUUUACAUUCAACGAAGGCAAUAUUGGAAAAUUCGAAGCACUUGCACCGCUCUUUCCGCAGGAGCCAAUAUUACAGGAGAACUACCCCUUUUUGCGCCAGAAGAUAUGUCUCAUGGCAUUGAUCGAGCUGGUUUUCCAGCGGAAUGCAAAUGAUCGCACGAUGUCGUUCCAAACUAUCGCCGAGGAGACAAGACUGCCUCUGGACGAAGUGGAACAUCUUAUCAUGAAAGCGUUGAGCCUCAAGCUGAUCCGGGGGUCUCUGGACCAGGUAGAUCAAAAAGCACAGAUAACAUGGGUGCAGCCGCGUGUACUGUCGCGGGAGCAAAUUGGGCAACUUGCAAGCAGACUGGGGGAGUGGAUAGACAAACUGAGUAUGGUUGAGCAGAGGAUCGCCCCCGAGGUUGUCGUAAGUGGAUGAAGAAUGUAAUGUCGUAAUGUAAUGGGGCAAGAGAUGAGUUUGGGCGAGAUGGGCGAUCGAUGGAGAGAAUUGUCGUUCCGGGUUAUGAGCACGUUGCAGUAUAAGUGAUCAGAUAGGAUAUUUAGAAAGUCGCGAACUUGGACCACGAUGCAUGAGAGAUGACUGAAAAGGCAUAUCCGAGCCUGUAGGGAGGCUGGGGUGGCGCUAGCGAAUACAGCUCUGCCUCAUUUAGUUACCAUCCAGCAGCGUGCUUGCCAGCAACCAAAGGU